CUCCGUGCGUCCAUCAGGGGGCGCUGCUCAGAAAUCGUCGCUGCUUUCUGUGUCGAUGAAUGCAGCGGGGCUAGAGGUCAGAGUUGAAUGUUUGACAGAAAGCUGAAUAUGGAUUCCAUAUUUCAUGAGAAACAAGAGGGCUCACUUUGCGCCCAACACUGUCUCAACAACCUCCUGCAGGGUGAGUAUUUCACUCCUGUGGAUUUGUCUUCCAUCGCUCAUCAGCUCGAUGAAGAGGAGAGGAUGAGGAUGGCUGAGGGAGGUAUGGCCAGUGAGGAGUAUAGGACCUUCUUACAGCAACCAUCUGGGAACAUGGACGACAGCGGGUUCUUUUCAAUACAAGUAAUUAGCAAUGCUCUGAGAGUGUGGGGCUUGGAGCUAAUCCUCUUCAACAGCCGGGAGUACCAGAGCCUCAUGAUUAAUCCAAUAAAUGAGAAAGCUUUCAUUUGCAACUACAAGGAGCACUGGUUUACUAUACGCAAACUUGGACAACAGUGGUUUAACCUGAAUUCAUUGUUGACUGGACCAGAGCUGAUUUCAGACACCUAUCUAGCACUUUUCCUUGCACAGUUACAACAAGAAGGGUAUUCCAUAUUUGUGAUCCGAGGUAACCUGCCUGAGUGUGAAGCAGAGCAGAUCCUUGGUUUCAUGAGAGUGCAGCAGCAGCAGCGGCCAAGGCUUAUUGGAGAGGAGGAUGCCCAGACAAGUGCAGGCAGGUCAGCAGCUCUGGCCCAAACCGAGAUGGCCUUUGGUGUAGAGGAUGAGGUCGUGGAUGACGAUGAUGAGCUGAAGAGAGCGCUGGCUCUCAGCAGACAGGACAUAGAUGUGGAAGAUGAAGAAGCUGAUCUUCGCAGGGCCAUACAGCUCAGCAUGCAAGGCGCAGUGAUGAGCAAUAAGUCCUCAGAGUCUGAAAUGGGAAAUGUGAAAUCAGGGACCCAGGUAGCAGGGAGUGCUGCAGGAGGACAAAAAGAAGGUCAGAAUGAGACGCUCACAGCUGAAGAACUACGGAAGAGAAGACAAGCCUAUUUUGAUCGGCAGCAGCAACAAGCUCAGCCGAACAUUCCUCAACAACCAGACACAAAAUCAACAGGUGGCUCAGGAUCAGUAAACACUGGGGAGAAGGACCAACAACAAAAGCCCAGCCAGUGAAGAAAGUGUGAAAGGUUUGCCUAUGCUGUUUACCAGCUGCCUGGAUUGGCAACCCCAUUCAGGGGUAGCUUUGCUCGUUCCUCUAACCUUUUGCACAUGCGAACAUAAGGACAGUCAGAAGGCUGACACGUUUCCCCUGGUUAGUUCGCUGACAGGCUAUAGAGAAGAGAACAACGGCAAAGAAAGGCAGCAGUUAGUCUAAUCUAACUCACUGAGGCACUGAGGUGUGACCACAGAACUCAUGAUGCAGUUAAUCCAAGUUUGCAAUUGCCUUUUUACCAUGGCGCCUUCUAUUUCUAUUGUAUACUGUUUUUUUAUUCUUGUUUUUUCCUCUGGAAGAGAUGGAAAAGAAUCUUCAGCAUACAAAGGCUGUGUUUACUUGAGUAGGUGAAUACAUACAGAGUGUUAGGUGAGUCAUAGGUGACCAAUGUUAAGACCACAGAUAAAAGCUUGACUGAUGUUAGAGCCUCCUUUCUUUAUAUUGGACUUGAGUUUGUAGGGCGUGAGAUGUGAUUCCAGCGCCUGCUCCAACAGAACACCAUUGUAGUUUUGAAAUCAUUUUUUGUUGCAACAUAGUGAAAUAUCUUUUUAGCCAGCAUCACUAACACGUGGAUCAUUUAUUCCUGAAAUCAUCAAUCAUUUUACUUGUGAGUGUCUGAGAGUGAACUCCUAAGGUAUUUAGACAACGGCAUAUUUUUGAUGUUGUGGCUUUGUUUUUACUUUUCAAGUGUAUAAGUAGGCAUAAUAAUGUAAGAUUACACAGCUGACAAACACUUAAUUUAACAGUGUUUUACCCAUUGUUGGAUGGACAGUGAACAACAUAAGUCUAUAGAGCUAUUUGCUGAAUACUUUUGACUGAUGCAUAUUUUUCAUAUCCUGUCCAGAAUAAGUUAACAUGUAAGCGGGAACAAAGAAGCAGUCUGCAGCUGAAACUGCUGCUGAUAGAUAAAUACAUUUUCAGCACAGCAUAAUCACUUAAAACCAAUCAGCCUACCUUAUAUGUCUCAGUAUUUGUCACGGACCAUAUUAGAAAGAUAUUAUAAAGAGUUUGUAGCCUCCAAUGUCACAGCCCAUAAAAUACAUGAAUUGCACUGAUUCGACAUACUUUGUACACAUUAGUCGUACAAAAAUAUAUUAAUUUGCACUGAGGUUGCCCUGAAUUAAAGCUACGAAAGCCAUUGACUGAUUUAUGGCUUUCGGAAAUAAGAAUAAAAUAGUGAUAAUGAAGGGUGACGGGUAUUUAACCUCACACUUUGUGUAAUUCAAAAUCCAAAGAAAGAAACAAUACAUCAGAAAUGUGUCACCAUGUAUACACUUAAUGUUUGAUUUUAUUUUUUUGAGUUUGAUUCUGACCACAACUUGUUUGAAUCUUUUUCCAUUUCCCUCUACAAGCUUCUGUUCAGAAGAGUCUGGUUCCAACACACAACCAUAUUGCAGCAUUAAAACAGUGUUUACAUUUAUUUUCUGGAUGACCGUUCAGCAUGGCUAUAUCUUGAUUCUUCCACAAAAGUUAGGAUUUGGACUUCUUGUGCUGGAUGACUUCUAAGAAUUCCAUGAUUUCAUAAUUGUCUUCAUUUCUUAUCCUGUUAGGCUUUUUUCUCUAUUUAAAAUGCACUUGUGACAGAGUAUAAAAUGUUGGUAGCUGGGUUUUUAUCAUUACAUUAUUUUCACUCACUACAUUCUUACAGUAAGUACUCUUCAUUUUUGUUAUAUUUCACAAUACCAUAGCACAUUCUUUCAUUUAAUGUAUUAGUUCUUGUUCCAGGAUUAAAGUGACAUUCACUCCUCC